AUGCAUUCCUUCAAGGUCAUCGCUCUUCUUCUUCCAUGUGCGCUCCUCGCACUCGCUUCUUUUGCCAGCGCCACCUCUACCGUACAGCAGAGCGCUGUAGAGCCGCGCCAAGCUGGAGGAAUUGGCAGGGCGGUGGUUCAGAUCGGCAAGGUUUUGGCAAGGAUCGUGGAAGAGGUGAUGAAGGAUGUGGAAGCGGACAAGGUCAAGAGAGCAGAUCAAGCUAGGGAAACCGUAGAUCGCAUGGCUCGCGAGUACCCGGAUACAAACUUUUUGGCAAGUCAUGUGGAGAUGGACAACAAGUUUGGAGGUGUGGAGAAGCAGGAUUGGGCGCAUGAUCACUUUGAGGUGGAUAUCAAGGUGGGAGGAACGAUUGGGUUCGAAGUGAGUUCUUGAUUGCAGUCUCCUCGCAGCAAACAAAUGCGCGCAUGAAAAGUCUGUACCUGACUCAAGCAAACGCAAUCCACGCCUUGCCUCUCUCGCAGCUCUGGGGCUUCCAGGAUGCGGUCAUCAAGCGUAAAGGAGACGGCGGUGCGCUCAAUUGGGCUUGGACCGGUGUUUUGGAAAAGGAUCCGGAGGAGAAUGGUUCGCUGCUCACCUUUGCUCGACGCAAGCACUAA